CCAAUGGAUAACAACAAACCGCUAGAAAGUCCAUAUCUAUUGCACUCCUACUUGGAUCAGUGUGCAGCUAGAAUGACAGAUUUUGAUAGGCACACCCCCCACGAUAAUCUUGAAAUUGCUCCAAAUCUCGUUGGAUCUGAUAAUCAAGUACUAGGGAAUAUAGCCGGCGAACUUGAAGACGAGGCGGACGACGAUGAGGAAACUGCACACUCACGCCAAAACCUCACUAGACAUCUCGCUGAGACCGCGGUUGGCGUGCGUGAAAUGUCUAAGCAACUUGGUAGAGCGAGAGUUAAGAGCAAAAUAAAGUCAGUCAUGAUCAUCACCAAAGCAAGAGACCAUCAAGUUAUACGACACACUCGCAAACUGGCCUUAUACUUGAUGAACACCCCUAGAGGGGACUUAAAAGGACAGGGUAUGGUCGUUUAUGUAGACAGCCAACUCCGCACAUCAAAAAGAUUCAAUGUUGCCGGUAUGAGGGAGGAGUACCCUCAUCUUUUCACACCCCGCCCCCGUAGCCGUAGUACUUCUCAGCAGGACUUGAAGGAUAUGUCUUUUAGCCUCGCCAGUACGAGUAUCUCACCUGAAAAUAACAAGUUCUUGCAUCCGGAUCACAACGCACAUUCUAAGGAAGAGGGCCAGUUACGUUUUUGGACCCCAGAGAUGUGCACAGAGAGCCCACAUCUUUUCGAUUUAGUUAUCACUCUCGGUGGUGAUGGUACUGUCCUCUUUGCUAGUUGGCUCUUCCAGACGACGGUGCCACCUGUCUUGCCUUUCUCCCUUGGUAGUCUUGGAUUCCUAACCAACUUUGAUUUCACGAAUUGCGAAAAGGUAGUCAAUGGUAUACUUGAUGAAGGUAUCAGAGUUAACUUAAGAAUGAGGUUUACGUGUACAGUUUAUAGAUCCGAAUAUCGUAAACAGGAUCCAAACACUGAGAAAGCACGCAGACCAGCCGUCAGAAGAGGUGAGACUGGUGAGAUUAUCAUGCGAAACAUCGAAGGAAAAGGAUGGGAUGCUUUGGAAGGUAACACACCUCCAACUACCACCAAGGAAGGUAAAAAGCGUGACAAGGAAAUUAUGUGCUUUACUACCCGCCCUGUUGAAACAUUUAACGUACUCAAUGACUUGGUUGUCGACAGAGGUCCUUCACCAUAUGUAUCUAUGCUCGAGUUAUUCGGCGAUGAAAAUCACUUGACAACAGUACAAGCGGACGGUUUAUGUGUUUCAACACCAACUGGAUCUACAGCCUACUCACUCAGCGCUGGUGGUAGUUUAGUACAUCCAGAAAUACCAGCUUUGCUGAUAAGUCCAAUAUGUGCACACACUUUGUCGUUCAGACCUAUGUUAUUGCCUGAUUCUAUGGAGUUGAGAAUCUGCGUGCCAUUUAACUCAAGAUCAACAGCAUGGGCUUCGUUCGAUGGUAGAGGAAGGGUCGAAUUGAAACAAGGUGACCACAUUAAGGUUACGGCAUCCAAGUACCCUUGUCCAACUAUCUGCGCGGAUAAGCAAUCAUCAGAUUGGUUCCAAUCACUCAAUAGGACGCUUCAUUGGAAUGAGCGUGCACGUCAAAAAUCAUUUGUGGUUGUUGAAGAAGGACCGGACCAUGCCGAAUUGAAGAAUACUGGUGAAGGUGAAAACGAAGAAAAAGAAGAAUAUUAUGAUGAUGACGACGAUGAUGAUGAUGAUGACGAUCAAUACGACAUUGACGAGAAUAGUGAAUAUGGCGAUCAAUCUAUGGGCAGCCUUAGUGGACCAGGAAGAGCUAGACCUAUACUAUCAAAAUCAUUCACUUCUGCAUUUGAACCUUCAGUAUUGAAUGGACGUGGUUCUCCUGGACGCUAUGCUACGACAACAACACAGCCAAAACCCCAACCAGUGUCUUUGAGACAUAUGUACAAUCCAAGUGAAGAGCUAAGACAUAGACAAAGCAGAAGUGUGAGUAAGGAGAGGAACAGCAGGAGCCGUCAACCAAGUUUAGACAAUGUAAAUGAAAAUAGUACUAUGGGUACACCACGCUCGAGAAUGAAACAGCUAAGUGAAGACACUCAACCACCAAUGUCACCAACGACGUCUGCAAGAGCGUUUGGUGUCUAUGGAGAGGAUGCAUCAGAGUCUGAAAUGUCAGAUUAAGCGGAUAUAGUGAUACUUUAACGAUAUUAUAUGUAUUUCUAAUAAAAUGCUUAACGAUUUCUUGGUAAUUGUAGCGUA